AAAGCAAUCACAUGCUUAUUGUUGUUGUUAUUAUUUGCCUUCUCCCCAGUUCCAGAAACACAGCACUCUGUGUUUAGAAGUUCUUUAACUAUUUUCUUGAAGAAAUCUACGUUUUGAAGAAGUUUCGAAAAUGCCGAAGGUCGUGUCAAGAAGUAUUGUUUGUUCCGACGCCAAAGACCAGGAGGAGUACGGCGUGGACAAACCUUUGCGGACUUACUUUUGCCUCUGCGGACAAAUGACCCUCAUAUUAGAUUGCCAAGUGGAAAAGUUGCCUUUGCGGAAAAGAGACGGCGCGCGAGUGGUGGACGGAAGCAAACACGCACACAAAAUCACUUGCGACCCCGGCGAGACGGUCCACAUCAAGAGAGAAGAGGGAAUCGAAAGGCAGAUUAGAUUCAAAUGCAAAAAGUGCAGCCUCCCUUUGUACUACAAACAUGACCCGAAGAGCGCAGUGCAUUUCAUUGUCCGAGGCGCUCUGAAGAGUUCCGGCGAAAAUCCAAUCAAGGACUUCUACUCGCAGGCAGAGACUGCCCUGCAGGCAAAGACGCCUAAGAAGGUCAUGGUCACCAAACAUACCAAAAACAUGGGCAAGUUUUCGUCAGUCACCGUGUCCACCAUCGACGAAGAGGAGGACGAAAUAGAAGCGAGAGAAGUUGCAGAUUCUUAUGCUAAUAACGCAAGGAUCAUUGAAAAGCAGCUGGAGAGGAAGAAAGGAACUAAAAGAGAGGUCGAAACAUCUGAUCAACCGGAAGUUGUUAUCAAUUUGAAAAAACCCCGAGGAACACUUAUUGAUCAAUGAAUCAUUCCGAAUUACGAAAUUUAAUUUUAAAUAAAACCAUUUCUAUGCUUAAA